AUCAACAGAAGAAAAGGUCAUUGUAUCUCAAGAACAUCUUCCAGGAAGCACGCAUUGAUGGAAGCUUACAGUCGGAACGCACGUAAUUGGCAAGGACUAAACGUGCACGAAAAUGUUAAUACGAAAAAUAUGCUGGCAUAUUGUUUUGCAGAGCGCAUAAAAUACGCUAACAACAUCGUCACGCAACACAGUCACCAUUAAAAUUCAUCCUGUCUUUUAUAGAGAUGUUCAAGUUCAUAGAAGCGUCAAUAUUACUUCGUUGACUCACACGCAUUUUCCAUAGAGUUUACAUUACUCAAACUCUCAAGAGGAACACAUCAGUACGAAUUGAAGGUCCACGGUACAAUCAAAAUGCACCUCAUACCAAAGUACUAUACGACGGAUAGUGACGUCGGUAGCUGAGGCCUGGAUCAGUGUCCAUCAGCGUGAUUCGGUGCAGUUGUAUGCAAACUGUGAUAUGUAUUUAUGCUAAACCAAUCCAAACGCGUGAUUGGUGCAGAUUCACCACAGUCAGUGAUAUGGGUAUUGCAUCCCAGGUAGACACUGCGCAUCAGUCAGCGAUGGAUUACCGUGCAGCACAGACGGAUGUUACUGGUGCAAACACCACAGACGAUCCGGAUUGGAUCUACGUUAGCCGAGAUGUCACGGGGAUAGCCAUAUCGGCUAUACUUCUGGUGCUCAUCAUCCUCUUGUCGAUCUUGGGAAAUCUUGCCGUAAUUCUGGCAAUACUCAAGACCCCACGUUUACGGGAGAAAACCUCCAACAUUUUCUUGAUCAACUUGAGCCUGACGGACCUGAUGAAUGCUUCUUUAGUGAUGCCCAGUGCCUCGGUAGCCCUGAUAGCGGAUGAUUGGUAUCUGGGCUCACCCUGGUGCUACGCCCAAUGUGCCUUCAACUAUUGGUUUAUAAUCGUCUCCAUGCUAACCCUAUCCAUGAUCAGCAUCGAUGGGUAUUACGCUGUUCUGCACCCAAUGCAUUACAUGUCUAUAAUCACACCAAAGGUGGUUAAACUUGCCGUAGGCUACGCGUGGCUACAGGGCUGCGUGUUUGCUCUGGUACCCGUUUUCUACCGCUGGGUAGUUUACGAUUACUGGGAGGUGGUCUGCGCCAUAGACUGGGAUACCUACAGCCAAGAAGGGGCUCUAACCUACGUCAUCCUGGCCUUUUUGUUUUGCUUCUUGGUCCCUGCCAUCGUCAUGACUUUCUGCUACACUAAGAUUUGCCGCGUUGCUCGGCAGAAGGCGGUGGGGCCUGACAUCGGCGGCGGGGGCGCGAACGCUAAAAAGAACCGCAAGGCCAUAAAUGAUCGGAGGGUCAUUAAGAGCUUGGCGAUUGUCGUGGCCAUCUUCUUCCUCUGCAUGACACCUUUCUGCAUCACUAAACUCAUCAAGAUCUGCACCAACACCAAAGCUUUGCCUCCCUAUCUCUACCUGGUAUCCGCCUGGUUCGGUUACCUCUCAAGCGCCACCAAUCCGUUCAUAUAUGCCAUAUUUCGGCGCGACUUCCGCCGGGCUUUCAAAAAUGUCUUUUGCCGUGGCUGGAUCUUCCCGGGCCGUAGCCGCAGCCACUCCUCUCAUGAAGGAACAAGAAUGAGCAUCUCCGAGACUAGACGAAGGAGACCCAGCCAGUCGGUUAACAACAUCCUCAUGGUGGCAGCGUACAAUGAGAAGACGGAAAACCAGCCGUCUAUAUCGGGCAUGGUGUCAAACUGUGAAUCUGAAGGCAGAGCCAACGGAGGCAAGCACUUGUAAUGCAACCAAAGUUUCCACUCAAUUAGGCCAAAAAAAAUAAGUCUCCGGUUUCUGGUAUG